AUGUUUUCGCCCAAAAACGGGGUCAAUUUUAAUAUGUUUACUUCAGUCAAAGAGUCCCCCGACCAGCUGCUCCGGAGUGACAUCUCGCCCACUCUGGAACUCAGCCUCACCGUCGUCUACACGGUCUUCUACUCGCUGCUGUUUAUAUUCGUGUACCUCCAGCUGUGGCUGAUCCUGCACUACGGACACAAGCGCCUGAGCUACCAGAGCGUCUUUCUGUUCCUGUGCCUGCUGUGGGCCGCCCUGAGGACCACGCUCUUCUCCUUCUACUUCAGAAAUGUGGUGCAGGCGAACCAGCUGCAGCCCUGGCCCUACUGGCUGCUCUACUGCUUCCCCGUGUGUCUGCAGUUCUUCACCUUAUGCCUCCUCAACCUGUACUUCGCACAGGUGAUAUUUAAGGCCAAAGCCAAGUAUUCCCCAGAGCUCACCAAGUACAAGGUUCCUCUGCGUUUAGCCUUCCUAUGUCUAAGUAUAUUCUUCUUGGUGGUAAAUCUAACAUGUGCACUACUAGUGCAGGGGGCGCUGGAGAGCUCUGAACCAGCAAGUGAGGGUGGUGUCAGACAUGCAGUGUUAGCAAGGAUCCUUAUCAACGACAGUCUGUUUGUGCUGUGUGCCAUUUUUCUGGCCAUCUGCAUCUUCAAGAUUGCCAAGAUGUCUUCUGCCAACGUAUACCUUGAAUCCAAGGGUUCAUCAGUAUGCCAGGCUACAGCUGUAGGGGCCAUGGUUAUCCUCCUGUAUACAUCCAGAGCUUGUUACAACCUCGUGGUGGUUGCGCUGUCUCCACAUGACAGACCAAGUCCCUUCAACUACAGCUGGUACAAUGUUUCUGAUCAGGCUGAUGUGCAGGAGAUCAGCGGCGAGGCCUACAUCGUGUUUGGGAUUAUUCUGUUCUUCUGGGAGUUGCUACCAACAAGCUUAGUGGUGAUUUUCUUCAGAGUUCAAAGACCCAACCAAAACCUCACUCCGGGAGGGAUGAUCAACAGUCACAGUUUCAGCUCCAGAGCCUAUUUCUUUGACAACCCUCGACGAUAUGACAGCGAUGAUGAUCUAUCCAGGAGCAUUAACAAUAGGGCUGAUAGGACGAGUAUCCUCUCCUCUACUCCCCAGAUGGGUCCCUCCAGUUGGUACGGCUCAAUUCAACGUCACGGGAGCUUAACGGGAGGCCUGGCGCCUGCCCACCCCACCUCCUCUACGGCCCCACUCCUCUUUGCCUACACAAAUAUCCAGAGUCAUCACCACCAUCACCACAACUACUAUUCUACCCCACAGAACAAUAACCACUGUCAUCACCAUCAAAACAAUUAUUCCACGCCACAGAAUUACUAUUGUGGAUCUCAGUCCUACUUCUGCACCCCACAGAAUUAGAGGUCGUUGACAGACGGCGAUGCUGGAAGUCUGGAUCCGCAUGCAACAUUGGA